AUGACGUGGGAUAACCACAGGUCUGGUAGUAAACAUGUGAAGUCUGCUCUCGAUAAAGGCAUUAUGAAUGGAAAUUGGAUUCACCUGUUCCCUAAAGUUAUUAUCAGCUCCUCUCAGACUACUAAUUCAGAUCACAGACCGUUAUUCCUAGAUACUAGUGGCCACCCUACAAAGUUUAAGAGAUUUUUUAAAUUUGAAGAGGGUUGGACGAGGGAUGAUAGAAGUAAACUGGUGGUUGCCAAUGCUUGGGACUCGAAACUACCAGCGGGAGCCCGAGAUUGGAAGAAGGAAUGUGACAUUCAUCGAUCUCUAAACGAAACUUUGACCAGAAAGGCUCUCCAUUGGAAGCAGCGAGCGAGAAUCUCUUGGCUCAAGGAAGGUGAUAGAUGUUCUAAAAUUUUCUUCCUUUCUGCUGCUAUUAGAGGAAGGAGAAAUGCCAUCGAGAGGUCUGACACUGGCCAGAAUUUGGAUUGUGGGCAUUUAUUCCCAGGGAGGCUAUCUUUAGAGGACCAGGAGGGGACCCUUCUCUGCCCUUCUCGGGAUGAAAUCAAGAGUACUCUGUUUGCCAUGAGUAACCAUAAGGCCCCGGGGCCGGAUGGAAUGCUUAGUUGGAGAUUCAUUGAUCAUGCCCUUGAGUGUUUUGGGUUCCCUCAGAAGUUGCGCAAUUGGGUUACACAGUGCAUCUCCACCACUACUCUAAAUAUUUGCCUGAAUGGGGGGCAGGUGGGGAAGAUUAUGCCCUCGUGUGGCCUGCGCCAGGGCGAUCCCCUAUCCUCAUAUCUAUUCAUCUGUGCUGCGGAAAUCUUAUCAAGACUAUUGGAAAAGGCUCUUGGGAGAAGGAAUAUUCAGGGAAUUAAACUAAGUAGAGGUGGUCUGGUUCUAUCACAUUUGUUCUUUGUUGAUGACCUUAUCUUGGUCGGUAGGGCCAAUUUAAAUGAAGCUAAGUGGUUUUGGGAGUGCCUGGAGAGGUUUUGCUCUUGGUCUGGACAGAAAGUUAAUAAGCUUAAAACGUCAAUCUUUUUCAAUAAAAAUACCCCUAAUGGUAUGAGAAGAGGUAUCAAGGAAGCGCUGGGUAUCGAUUGUCCAGAGGGGGUUAUAAAAUACAUGGGAUUACCUCUAUUCAGAUCUAGACAGAAGGAUGCUGAUUUCAACUUUAUCCUGGACCACAUCACCUCUAAAUUACAGGGUUGGAAGGCUAAGACUUCAUCUAAGGCUGGCCGAGCUACCCUCAUCAAGUCUGUGGGUCUGGCGAUGCCUAUCUAUGCCAUGCAAACCACGAAAUUAUCUAGUCGGCUGGUCAAGAGGAUUAAUGUUUUAGUCAGAGAUUUUUGGUGGGGUUUCGAGAAAGGGAAUCAUGGACUACAUCUAAAAGCUUGGGAUAAGCUGUGCCUACCUAAGUCUUUGGGCGGUUUAGGUUUUAGGAAAACAGAAGAAAUGAACCUGGCUUUCUUGGCCAAGUGGGGUUGGAACAUAUUGAAAGGUAGUCAGUCGUUAUGCUGUAAAAUUUUGGAAGCCAAGUAUCUAAAAGGGAAAGACUUUCUCAGUUGUAGAUACAAAGACUCGAAUUCCUAG